AGAUCUAGAUGGACAUAAAUUCUUGACUCUAAAACCUCCCAUCUCUAAAUCUGCUGGCAGGGCUGAUCCUUCUUCUUCCUCCACCAUUGUGUCAUUGACACACACACACCUCUUCACUCUCUCUCUUCCUUAGGACAGUCCUCAAGAUGAACAAAUACCUUCUCCUGGGCUUCUCUGUUCUACUCUUCUGUGCAACUGCUCAAUCUCUUGUGUGCAGAGUUUGCAAAUAUAAACUUGGUACUCUCUGUUUCAAGUCGGAUGAGCCCUGCAGGGCCAAAGAAGGCCAGCUUUGUGAGACAACUGAGGUGUACUCGGAUAGGGCAUUGCUCUACAAAACACAUGGCUGUGGCAAAUACGCAGAGCUCUGCAACAAGACAGAGGAGCGGGAAAACGCCUUCAAGAUGGCCUACAAGCGCACCUGCUGCGAUGCUGACUUGUGCAAUGUUUGAUUUUGCCAUGCCUCUUCUUCUUAGCUGGGCUCAGACUUGGAAUUUGGGUGGCAGCUGACAUGUUUGCUAUAAAAGUUGACAGAAGUGCCUCCUUUCACACCAAGGGUAUUAUCAUUUUUAUUUAGCACUUUUAUUUCACUUUCAUUGCCAUGGCUAGACCCCAUGUUUACUAAGGCCAAGAAUUCUCUGGCUGUGAAUUCUAAGUGCCCUGCCUUGAAAUGAUUACCUCGGGAUUCUAUCGGAUGCCAUCAGGGCAGUUAAAGUAGAAUCAUAGCACUAUAACAGUUUAGUUUACCAGGAUCCCACAACAUGCAAUCAGUGUCUUCCCAAUCCCAUCCCUUCAACCUAAUGUCCCCCAAAACCACACAUGAUACUAGAGGAUGAGAAUCAUACACAUAGCAUGUGUUACUGUGUGUUUCCUGAAAUGUGUGGGAAGCAUUACUGGGAGCUUAUUCACACUACACAAUAGCGGUAUUUCCCUUUAACUGCCAUGGGACAUGUCUACACAAAUUUAAAAAACAAUAGCUUGAAUAUGGGAAAUAACUUUUUAUAGAAACUUCUUGCAUGACAUACACGUUUUGCAUUUGAUAUCUUCUUAAUUCACAUUGUAUGAGACUGGGGCUUGUUUUUUUUUCCUCUUCCAAAAAAUAGCUUAAGCUUAAACAUACUCCAUUGAGCCUCCAAAUAUCUAAUAUCACAUUAGUUACCCUGUUUCCCUGAAAAUAAGACAUCCCCGGAAAAUAAGACCUAGUAGAGGUUUUGCUGAAUUGCUAAAUAUAAGGCCUCCCCCAAAAGUAAGACCUAGCAAAGUUUUUGUUUGGAACCAUGUCUGCCAAACAGAACACCAGAGCAUGCAGAAUUGGUAAGUGUACAUACCAGUUGUACAUGGAAAUAAUGGUAGUAACAAGAAAUUCUUGAUAGGAUUCACAGUUUGUCUGGUUAUGUUGGUUUGUGAUGACAACUACUGUAUAGUAUAUAAUGUUCAUUUUUUUGUUCAACAAUAAAUGUGAAUUCUUCUUCAUUGAAAAAUAAGACAUCCCCUGUAAAUAAGACCUAGCACAUCUUUGGGAGCAAAAAUUAAUAUAAGACACUGUCAUAUUUUCGGGGAAACACGGUAUAUGGAAUGCAGUUGUACAGUGAUAUGGUCCUAUGUUUUACAUCCAUGUUUCACUUUUUGUAUGAAAUGUUAUGGCUUUCAAACAGUACUGUUUGCUAAAGUUUAGCUUGAAAGAAUCAAUAAAGUUGGUUGAUGGA